AUGAAGGAAUGGUCAAGAGAUGAAGCAAUUUCUCUAACAUGGAUACUACAGAAACCAGUGCCAACAAGUGCAUCAUAUGCUCGAAGGUCGAAGGAAAAACACCCUUAACAUUGAAAUCGUCUAGGGAGAGUCUGGAAAAAGUCAAGAAAUAUGCAACCAACGUGCAUCGUAUGGGGAAACAAACUUAUCCCCUCUCUGUGACAGGAUUGCAAGUCUUACAGAUGAGCAAUACAUUCAGUCUGCAAAUCAUUCUGGAUGCUAUAAAAAUAUCGUCAACAAUGAGAAAUUGAAAAGGGCAGAAAAGAGAUUUAGGGAAUCUUCAUCAUCAUCAAAGUCAGUAGUGCCUCCAAAGAAAGGUCGCCCUUCAAGGUCAGAUUCUCCAUCAUGCAGUAGAGAGGUAACAGGCGAACGGCUACGACGAUCUGUUGGCGCUUCACAGCACAUCAAGUCUUGUGUGUUCCAGUGUUCCCAUCCUAGCACAGGCGAACUACAUCGAGUCGAAAGUGAGUCUAUGGGCAUCAGGUUUUUGUUGAUUAAAUCAAGAACACAAGAUGAGAAUGUUAGGGUAGCUUUAGCCAAUGUUAAUGAACCUUCUGACUGCGCUGCAUUUGAUUUAAUGUAUCACAGGAAUUGUCUUAGAGAACACGAACGAAAGUUGCAACAAUCCAUUUCAAACUGGGAUAUACAGUCCAAGUCCAACAUUGGCAAAUAUAUCGCUGACGUUGACAUCCUGAAUGCUGUCAAAUGUUCCCUUGCUUCAGGUUCUACUCUAACAAUGAAUGAAAUUGAUGAAGAAUAUGUUUCCAUACUUACUGAAAAUGAGGUAGAUCCAGGUUCCAGCCAUCAUAAAAAGCAUCUGAAAAGCAUUAUCCAUCAAAACAUUGAAGAUGUUAAAUUUGUCAAGUCACAUAGAUCCAAUGAAAGUGACAAUGUAGUCAGCGAAAAGCUACUUGGAGUGGCUGUUAACAACCUCCGAGAGCAACAAAAUGAAGAAGAUGACAUCAAAUGCGUCGCAAAGACAGCUGCUAUAUUGAGAAAUGAGCUCAAAGACAUACUCACUGGAAAUUUACAGGAUCCCAGUCCAUGA